AGGGGGAGAGUCUAUUGGCUGUAACUUGACUGGAGGGUUUCUCUGCCUGGUGUGGCAUUCACAUCAAAUACGCUCAUGUGGUAACAUCCAGCAUCGCUUCGCUUCCACUGCACACUGGCCUGAUUCCAGGGAUUUGAAAUAGACAGGACAGACAGACAGUGAGAAAGAGAGACAGAGUGCAUGUAUGCUGGAGAGAUAAGUGAGUUUAGAAGUAGGAGGGAAAAAGAACAGAGGUCCGGAGAAGACAAGAAAGGGAGAAGCAGGUGAGAAAGCAAACAGUCAAAAAAGGAAUCUAGAAGAACCUGUGGUGAAUAAAGGCUGAUUAGCUGACUGCACACUACAAAUCCACUGACAUGGCAGCCAUGGAAGCACUGGAAUCCUUAAGUGCCCAGCUAGAGCCUCAAACCCUCACUGAGAUCUCAGACGAUGAGGUAAACCUUCCACCCUCAGAUGACGAAGACGAUGCCCUUGUCCCAGCCAAGAAAGAGCUGUCCAUCAUGAGCACAGAGGGGGACGCUGCCGAAGACAAGGAUGAGGUGAUGAAGCUAGACCCGCAGGUGAACGGGGUCAUGGUGCUGUCUUUGCUUGACAAGAUCAUCGGGGCAGUGGACCAGAUCCAGCAGACCCAAAGCGGGCUGGAGGCCAGGCAGCAGGAGAUGGAGCGUUCGGUGACCAGCAUCCAGGGUGAGCUGACCAAACUGGCCAAAAGCCACAGCACCACGUCCAACAGUGUCAAUAAGAUGAUGGAGAAGGUGCGCAAGGUGAGCGUCAAUGUCAAGACAGUGCGGGCCACCCUGGAGAAGCAAGGAGGCCAGAUCAAGAAGCUGGAGAGCAAUGAGGCUGAGCUGCUCAAGAGACGCAACUUUAAAGUCAUGAUCUACCAGGAUGAAGUGAAGGUUCCCUCAAAACUCAGCAUCUCUAAAUCAAUGAAGGUUUCUGAGUCUGUGUCAGGAAGCAGAGGAGGCAGCCUGUUAGAGCUUAAGGAAGCUGUGGAAGAGCCUGGAGAGGACGGAGGAGAAGGAGAGAAGGCAGACAAACCCCAUGUAGACCUCUCAUCAGAUGAGGAGGGGGUGGAGAUUGAGGAGACCAUUGAGGAGUCUCGUGCCGAGCGCAUCAAGCGUAGCAGCCUGCAGCGUGUACAAACCCUGAAGACGGUCUUCUCAAAGGAGAAGAUGGAUAAGACCAGAGCGAAGACCAAAGAGAACCUAGAGAAGACCAGGCAAAAAACCAAGGACAACCUGGAGAAGACAAAGCAGAAGACAAAAGAGAACCUGGAAAAGACCAGGCAGAAAACCAAGGAGAAUUUAGAGAAGACCAAGCAGAAGACCAAGGAGAACUUAGAGAAGACACGUCACAACAUUGAGAAGAAGAUGGGAAAGCUUGGAACACGCAUGAGUGUCAACCCUGAGCGCAAGCAGAAGAUCCAGACAUCCCGUGACAAGAUGAAGAAGGCCUUCACACCAGACCAUGUUGUUUAUGCCCGGUCCAAGACUGCUGUGUACAAGGUGCCCCCCUUCACCUUCCAUGUCAAGAAAAUCCGCGAGGGCGCAGUUGAGGUGGUCCAAGGCACUGAGAUGGUGGAGGUGUCCCAGGAUGCUGAGCACUUCAGUGGGGUAGAUGAGGGGGUUGAGGAGGGCCCAGUGGAGGUUGAGAUGGAGAUGAUGAAUGGAGGAGGGGAUGAAGAAGAGGCUGAGGAAGAUGAAGAGGAGGACAGCCAAGAUGCCUUGCAGGAGAAUGAAGACAGAGAUAGAGACAGCGACUAGAUAAAGAAUAAGGAAUUUGCCAAGAUCCCAAGAAAAUCCUUUGCACCAACCCUGAGGUUCUUUUGUAAAAAAUUGAUAAAUUGUGGGCAUUGAGAAAAUUAUUUUUAUAAUUUUGGCCAUUAUUUCUACCAGUUAUGAUAACUUUGCACUCACCAAAGUAAUUACUGAGAUCUAGAAACAAGGUGUCAUUGCAAGUUCGAUGGGUCAGUGAGACGAUCAGACAGGUGGCUAACAAGCCAACAGUCUAUCCAGAUAAUCUAAACCACUUCAUUUGGAGGUAAAAUUGAAAAGGCACCCCCAAAAUAUCAGUAACAUUCCUUCAUUACACACUAUGGUAAGUACUGUAGGUAAGCCAGGAGGCAAUAUUUGUCUUUGUUUUCUCUUUCAAAUGAAUUUGGCUAACCUGUGGGUUUGUUUCCAUCCUGUCUGAUUGUCUAACUGCUCGUGUCUCUUGACUCACCAGACUAUUUUUCAGCAAUGGCUGGAUUACCAACUGGGCAGAGGAGGCAACUGCCCCAAAACUCCACUGGCCCUGAAAGCUCCAGUAUUAAUGUUGUGUUUACAGCUUGUUGUGCUGCCCUUAAGUGGCCAAAAAUUACCAAAGAGCAAAGCCAGGUAGUAUUCUAUUUUAGAAAACCUGUACACAUUGCACAGAGAGUGGGAAGAACUGGUCAGUAGGUGACUCAGCACUUGACUUGGUCAAGACAAUGUUGUUAUUAUUACCAAUAGGAAUUAUGGCCAAAACUACAAAAAUAAGGCCCACAUUGGAAAAAAACCCCACAAUGAUCAUUUAACAACUGAAGUUUUACUUUAUUUGACUAUAGGUUGUGUAGUCAAAAAUCAUAAUUUAAAGGGCUUACUGAAAAUUUUCCCAUUUUUGCAAAAGUACUUCAAGGGUUGUUUAGAGUCCAUUUGUGUUUGGGUGAUGUUGAUGAUCAUGAAAAUUGGAAGAAGAAGAAGAAAAUAGGAAGAGGAAACAGAAAAUAACUUUGUUGUGGGCGGUGCUGAUCAUGGCCCUGGGCUUGAUUGUGGCUUGAUCAUUGGGAAGGGAUACCAUCAUUCCCAUAGUGAGGAAGUGUCAUUUUUCAGCAUUUCUUUUCUUACUUCAUUUUUUAAAUCAAAACACUAACCACUCACAACUAGUGGGAUGAGAAUAUGGAAAUAACUCAUCUCCUGUCCACUGAAUUUCAGUAGUAUUUGUUGAACAUAAAGAAAAUGAUCUCAUGGUUUGUUGGGUAGCAGAUUCCCAAUGGCCAACACACUGAGUACAUGUUUGUGCUUAUCCAGAAAAUCCUUGUGUUUUAGAAAUUUUACAUAUUGCAGAUGCAAAACUAUUCUUUCCAACCCCUUUGUUGUUUAAAUACUGAAGUGUUAUCUUGCUCAGCUUAAUUUACUCAUUAUUUAGAGGCAUAGUGAUUCUGAUGUAAUUUCUAGGUUUUGAUGAGCUCACAGUUAAGUAUUUGUGUGUGAUUUUGUAUGUGAUGACAAUUUACACUAGGUUGAUGUCAUCUCCUUUUCAUUACUGACAGAACGAAGCCUAAUAGCUGUCUUUUCAGCACACCUUGUUUCAUUCAAUACCCCUAUGUAACAUUUUACUGCCAGUGUUCCCAAAGAAUAACUGAUACCCAUGAAAAUUAAGGUCUGCAAAACAUAAGGCAGAGAUAGCUCAUCCUUUCAGCUCAGUCUAUUACAUUUCACUCACCAAUGGUAUUCAAUUUGAUUAUUUUCUCAUGAGAAUGUUCUUCUUAAAACAUGUUAUGUGCUAUUUAUAGUAUGUAUUCCAUUAAAAAAAAAAAAAACUUGGAUUAGGACCAAUACUUCAGCAAGUCUCACAAACCUUAUCAACUGUGUACUCUCAGGACCUGUCUAAUUACAGGGCGAAGUUUCAAAACAAGGGUGUGUGUUAUUGCUGCAGUCUGACACUGACCCCUAGUGUUCAGUCAUCUCACUAUAAUGUUCUCUGCUCCAGAUUAAAGGUGCAUUUCACCAGAUCUCCAACUGCUCUCUUUCAAAUGACCAUUUCACUCAAAUAUCUCCACAUAGGUUUCCUCUAUUGUCCUCAUUAAUUGUUUGUAACAAGAGGUAUAAAUGUGUUUUAUAUAUUCACCACUAUUGGUGGUAUUUCAUGAGUGCCCUGAAAGAGUGAAUAUUUUUCAUUCUUGAAUGUUCUGCUCUGACUGUAUUUUUCUAGCAUAUUCAAGAUAAAUUUCCAUCCACCUAAGCAUUUACAAAACUAUUCUGGUCAAGGUAGCGGCGGUUGGAACCUAUCCCAGCAUACUUUGGGCUGAAGGGGCCUACCUCCUGGACAGUUCAGCAGUCUAUCAAAGGGCUAACGAAGAGACAGACACAAGAUACAUUUGUGAAUCCAAAGUAAGAGAAAAUAGAGUUUUAUAUAACUAUUGCCAAAGUUUACCACAUUGCCAUAGUAUUUGUACUGUCAAAGUUUAGUUUCUAGCUCAGACACAUCACAGUUUUAUUUGUGUUAAUUUUUUUGUAUAUAAUGUGAAUUACUGCCAAUGCAGAUCAUAAUGCCUUUUGAUUUUAUUUACCAGAGAGCCUCCUGCCUCCUGCUGCUUGCACUUCUUCUGCAUUUAGCUUCUUGGGCCAAAUAAUUUUGAUAUUAGCACAGAUUUUACAAUGCAACACAUGACAUUGGCACUCUUACAUGUACGCAAAGAUAACAUAUUCUAGCUUUUUGAUACACAAUUGUGAAAGAGAAUUCUUUCAGUGGUUUAAUGCUCAGCCAUUCAAAGUGCAAUAACGAUGCCAUGUCUGUCAGAGCAGUAACAACAUGCAGCUGUGCUGAGGCCUAUGGCAAUGGAACAUAAAAUGUAGUUCACACUUAACUGUUUCCUUGCUUUUGUUUUGUUGGUAACUGAUUCCUGUAUAAUGUUUCAUCGUUAAACCACUAAUGAUUUAAUUAAUAAAAGCUAUUUGGUUCACA